UUGCACUGACGUCACUUCCGUUUAGCUGAAUGAAGCCGGGGCCAUUCUCUUUAGUGUUUGCCCUGUCCCCCCCAUCUCUACCUCCCCAACGCCGCAUUUUGAUUUAAAAACAACAUAAAUGCAACCUUGAAACUACCAUUCACAAACCCAACCGACACAAAGCCGAUGUGUCCUAUGGAAUAGCUACAAAAACUGACCGAAGGAAAAAAGCAGUCAAGACUUCACUGCCAUUGCUCCUUUCACGUCACAAAGUUGUGAUCAAAGCCGUCAGUGAUUAGGUCAGAGCGGCGAGAAUGUCUCAGCUCCAGUGUCCGGCCAGUCCCAUGCCCGCCGCCCCUCCCGCGCUGCAGGUGGGCCAGCCUCAGCCGGGCUACAGCAUUCCCUGUGCCACCAGCACACUGGCAUCAGAGAGCGCUAGCCAGCCCGUCAGGAGCUCCGCUCUUCCUGCGGGCUCAGCCACGCCCUACAGUACCAUCACAGUAUCUAACAUGGCAAACCCCAAAGAGAAGACCCCCAUGUGUUUGGUGAAUGAGUUAGCCCGUUUCAACAAGCUCCAGCCUGAAUAUAAGCUACUGAGUGAGCAAGGACCAGCUCACUCCAAAAUCUUCUCAGUGAGGCUCACACUGGGAGAGCAGCACUGGGAUGCAGAGGGGACCAGCAUCAAGAAAGCCCAGCAUUCCGCUGCUGAAUCUGCCCUGGCUGAGACCGUCCUUCCCAAGCCCACCAUAAGGACCCCACGUCACACAGGCAAGAACCCAGGUGGGGGGCCGCCCAUCGCACUCCUAAUACUCUCGUUAAGUUAUUGCCGUUGUGUGCUUAUUUGCGAACUGCUGUGCUGUCUUCCAGUUGAUGGCCUGAUGCAAAUCAUGGAGUUAAACGCAUUAUGUUCCAAACUAAGUAAAAAGCCUAUAUAUAAACCUUUGGACCCCUACCCGGGGAUGAGACCACCAAACAUGAAUUACGGCGGCCGUAUUCCGCCACCUUAUCAGCGCUCUAUGCAACAAUACUACUAUCCGUUUGCCCCCAUGGGACCAAUGAUGUACCACACGGAACUUUGCAUCGGAGGCCAGCAGUUUUUAGGGAAAGGACGCACAAGGCAGCUCGCCAAGCAGGACGCCGCCGUCAGAGCCCUGAAAGUGCUGCAGAAGGAGCCAAUAUUGCAGCAAUUACCAGUGAUGAACGGCGAACCCGAGGAAGAGAACCUCAACAAGUCGGAAAUCAGCCAAGUGUUUGAAAUUGCACUGAAACGCAACUUAGCUGUAAACUUUGAGGUGUUGAAAGAAGACGGUCCCCCGCAUCUGAAGAGCUUUGUUGUGCGCGUCACAGCGGGAGAGUUCUCCGGAGAGGGGGAAGGAAAGAGUAAAAAGAUUGCCAAGAAGUUGGCUGCUGGUGCCGUGCUGAGGGACUUGAAGAGGCUACCUCAUAUACCGAGCGUGGAGAAGACGCUGCCACGCAUCAAGAAGAAAACUAAAUCCAUCAUAAAGCUGCAGACCAGUCCAGAAUACGGCCAGGGAAUGAAUCCCAUCAGCCGCCUGGCUCAGAUCCAGCAGGCCAAGAAGGAGAAGGAGCCCGAGUACAGCAUGGUGACGGAGAGAGGCCUGCCGCGCCGUCGGGAGUUUGUCAUGCAGGUGUCCGUGUGUGGCCAGGCUGCAGAGGGCAUGGGGCCCAGCAAGAAGGUGGCCAAAAGGAACGCGGCGGAGAAAAUGUUGGAGCUUCUAGGAUAUAAAGUGCCUCAACCCCAACCUCCCAAGCCAGCACUUAAAACUGAAGAGAGGACCCCAGUAAAAAAGCCAGGUGAUGGACGCAAAGUGACCUUCUUUGAACCAAGCUCUGUAGAGGAUGUCCCACUGGGGUCCAAAGAGGAAGAGUUCCGCCUGCCUUACUUGAGCCACCAGCAGCUGCCGGCUGGCAUCUUGCCCAUGGUGCCCGAGGUGGCUCAAGCGGUCGGCGCUUGCCAAGGCAGCCUAGCUAAGGACUUCAGUCAAGCAACAGCCAACCCCGGCAAGGCCAUCGUCACUGCCGCCAUUGCCAGAGAGCUGCUGUAUGCAGGAACAUCCCAGACUGCAGAGACCAUCCUAAAGAAUACCAAUACCCUGACCCAGCCGCCGCUUGGGCCCCUCACUAGGCCCUCAGAACAACUGGGCUACCUUGCGUCAGUGCAGGGCCUGCAGGUGGAAUACAAAGAUUUCCCCAAAAACAAUAAGAACGAGUUUGUGUCACUGAUUAACUGCUCCUCCCAGCCACCGCUCAUCAGCCACGGAAUGGGAAAAGAUGUAGAAUCCUGUCAUGAUACGGCUGCACUGAAUAUCCUGAAAAUGCUCUCUGAGUUGGACCAGCAGUCAAUUGAGCGAACAGGAAAUGGACCAGCUUCUGGAUGUGCCAAGCAGGAGAUGGAGGGCGACCCGCACCUCAAACAGGCUAACUCAAGCACACUGGCCCCGCCCCUGGACGACAGCGUUUAGAGCGUCAGGUUGGCUUGACUGAAAACUUCAAGACACUGUUCUUUGUUGCUUUUAAAAUGGCCGCUGUACGCACCAUCACGUACAUCGUUAUUCACACUUAAACAAGAUCGAUGGAACACUGACUUCCCUCUUUUGAUGUUUUUUAAUUGUACACGUGAUUCUUCUGUAGCUGCAUCCUAGCCACAGUUUGAGGCUUUUACUUAGAAGGAAAUGAAGUGAAGCGAUGAACUGUGAAUUAUGUUUGCUCUGAGUCGUAUUGUUUUUAAGUAUUUUGUGUGCUAUUAAAUCAAUCAGUGAUGACCUUAUCCCUGUCUAGCAUGCAGCUGCUCAACUCCUGAUUUCAUUUAACGACGACACGUUACCGACAUGACUGGGAGGAGUGUGUUACUGACUUGUGUGUGACUGUCACUUACAUUUGUGUGAAACUUUGUGUUACGGACGUGUGUGGUAACCGUCUGUUACUUACGUGUGUGUGACUGUUACUUACAUUUGUGUGUAACUUUGUUACUGAUUUGUGUGUGACUGUCACUUACAUUUGUGUGAAACUUUGUGUUACAGACGUGUGUGGUAACCGUGUGUUACUAACGAGUGUGUGACUGUCACAUUUGUGUGUAACUUUGUUACUGACUUGUGUGUGACUGUGUGUGACUUACGUGUGUUGUUACUGGGAGGAAUGUGUUACUGUGUGUUACUGACAUGUUUGUCACUGUGUGUUGACUGACGUGUCCAGUAGGGUUGCCAGCCACCCCUUGAAAAACGUAAUCCUUCCGUAUUUAGAAACAAAAUAAUUGGUUCAAUAUCGAGCUGUCAAAGGACGCACUUUGUCCUAUAUUUGUUUUUUUCCGUUAAAAUUAAAAAUUGUCUGUAAAAUAUCAGUACCUUCUUUCGGCUGGCAAUAGGUUUCACAGUCUGCUUCAGACUAAGGCAGUGGAUGCCAGUGUGACUUAUCGCUUACCAAACUCCUUGCCGCUUGACAUUUCUGGCAUCUAUUCUUUUUGCCUUGGCUGCUGUCACUGCCUCACAGGGCGGCAGCUAGCUCAUUAGAAUUAUCUGCCUAGAUUCUGGUAAUCACACUCCAAAUUUUACUUUAUGCCACAAGGAAAUGUUUUCUUUAAAAAAAAAAAAGGAACAAUUGGGGAAAUUCAAAGAUUGUAGAUCGAGGAAGCUACGCCUAUCACAAUAAUGAAGUACAUGCUAACAGUAGUCCUUUAACAAUGCUGCUCUUUUAUUUUUAGUAUAACAAUGUCCUGUUAUCAAAACUGGUUUUAUAUCUUAAGUUGUUGAACAUAAACAUGAUGUGUCCAGCUUUAUGAUAGUGACACUCCCAGGAGUCUUAACAGGUAACUGGUAAUAUGGUAACUCAUCAAAGCGUCAAAUAAUAUUUGCUUCAUAAGUCUAAGUGUUCAAUUCUGACAUUAUGCUUUUAAUUUUGUUGCUUAUAGACAAUAACCACACUGAGUGGAGAUCGCCUUCAUAAAGAAAGCACAAUUAAAAUGUUGCCAGUUUUUGCUUUUUUUUUUGUCAAAGUUCCCAUAGUAGUGAACGUUGGAGUCCUGCUCUAUCAUAAAGCUGCACACUGAAUUUAUACUGUUUUGAGUUGAGCCGGACAGAUGUCUGUUAAAGAGACAUGUUUGUUUUUAUUCUGUUAAGUUAAGCGGGAACUAUUUCUAUUUUAGACGUAAAAAAAAUUUUAUCCUGUUAAUUUCGUUAUUUUGUACAACAAAUUAACUAUUGAACAAUUUGUUUCCCAUGUAUUCGUAUCAAUCCCUAACCUGCACAUCUAAAUACAUUCUGCCUGCAGUCACAUAGUAUAAAAGUGUGUGUAGAUUGUCAGUCAUUAAGGCAUUUGUAAUUCUGAAAGGGUGAAUGAAUGCAACUCUGAAACGUAUUUAACAAGUCCAGUUGCCCCCAUUCAAGCUUUAUGGAUAUACAAACUCCUUUCUCACAAAUAAAAAGGGCCAAAAGAAUUUAGGUCGACCAGCCCCGUAAGAUGUACUUUUUUUUUCCAGGUAGUUGGCAGCCCUUUGUCUGUGUGUAACUGACGUGUGUGUGUCUGUGUGUUACUGACAAGUGGAGGGAUGGGAAUUAGUAAUUGAGUUUUCCACUUCUGAUUCCACUUGCAAUCAUGCUUUCAAUUCUGAUAAAUUUCUUUUUCGGUUCUCUUAUCGAUUCCUUUUUGGAAAAAGAUGGGUUACGAUCAAUUUUGUUUAGUGUAGUGGUAACAUGACCCUACAAAGCCAAACGGUGAAGUCUAGAGAGCCAUAUUAUCAUACAUACAUACAUACAUUAAAUAACAUUUUGAAAAUAUAAGAAAUAAAUAUUCUUCUGUAUAAUUUAGUAAAGUAAAACAUGGAAAUUACACAAGAAUGUAAUUUAGUAACGUGAUAUUAACUAAUUACAUGCAAAGUGAGAAACGUUGAGCCUUUAUUAUAAUUGUGAUGAUUAUGGCUUACAAUUUAUGAAAACCUUCAUCUGAAAAUCUCAAAAUAUAUGUGCUUUCAAAAUCUGUAAGCCAUGAUAAUCAAAAUGACAACAAAGGCUUGACAUAUCUCACUUUGCAUGUAAUGAGUUAAUAUCACAUAUGUGUCUAACAUUUGAAGUAGAAUUGCUCACUUGAAUGGACUUUUACAAGAUAUUCUAAUUUUGGAAUAGAAAUACGGAGUUCCUGCAGUCCUGGGUUCAAAUCCAGGCUCGGGAUAUUUCUGUGUGGAGUUUGCAUGUUCUCCCCGUGAAUGCGUCAGUUCCCUCCGGGUACUCCUGCUUCCUCCCACCUCCAAAGACAUGCACCUGGGGAUAGGUUGAUUGGCAACACUAAAUUGGCCCUAGUGUUUGAAUAUGAGUGUGAAUGUUGUCUGUCUAUCUGUGUUGGCCCUGCGAUGAGGGAGCGACUUGUCCAGGGUGUACCCCGCCUUCCGCCCGAUUGUAGCUGAGAUAGGCGCCAGCGCCCCCGCGACCCCGAAAGGGAAUAAGCGGUAGGAAAUGGAUGGAUGGACGGUGGGAGGAAAACAUGGAACUUUCCUCUGAGUACAAUUGGACAUUCAUCGACCAAAAAUUAGGAGUGUCUACUUUUACUACAAUUGUGUGUACAAACUUUUUACCACAAACUUAGUCACUGCUCUGUGCAGCCAGUACUCCUCGCCGCAGAGCCAAUCACAAUCUGUUUCUCGUCAUGCUCAUGUGAAUCAGAAAGCACUCGUUUCAAUGUAACAAAUAAUAGCGCUAACAUGAUAGGCGUUGUCAGUACCUGUUGUAUUCAGAUGGCAUGCUAGCCUUACUGCUUUUGGGGUGAGAUCGGAGCGGUUCAAAAACGCAACAUUAAUUUUAUAGUUGGAGCAUGCGGUGCUCAACUGUUUCAGUAUAUUGCUCGUAUGUCCUUCUCUUAAUGAAGUUCCAGCUUUGCAAUUAUUACAUGUAGCGUUGUUCCGAUAGUUUGUUGUAAAUUAUAGCCAAACUUUGGAGUAUGUCCACGGCCUGGUCACCAUGUUGCUGUCUGAUGUCUCUACGCACUUUGCGUAAUGUCGUUCCCGCCCACAGGAAUCCUUCAGAGAAUUGUUUGAAAAAAUGGCAAGCGAUUCCACGGAAUUGAUACACUGGAAAUCAGUUCUGAACAAGAACUAGUUUUUGAUUCCCAUCCCUAGACGUGUGUGUAACUGUUACAUGUGUAGUGUAACAUAAAAAGUGUGAUACUGACAUUUGUGUGGUAACUGUUUCUGACGUGUGUGUUACUGACACGUGUUGUAACUCUUACGUGUGUGACUGUAUGUUGAUGACGUGUGUUACUUACAUGUGUGUAACUGUGUUACUGACACGUGUGUUGUAACGUGAGUUGUUUCACCUUUCUUCCUUCAUGUCGGCCUCUUGUCUUGGACUGAUCCUCGUGGUAAUUAAACCUGCGUGCUGUACAAACCAA